ACCCACUGAACAAGGCCAGGGAUAGAACCUUUGUCCUCUUGGAUGCUAGUCAGAUUCGUUAACCACUGAGCCACGAUGGGAACUCCUACCAGACAUUGUUCUAAGCUUUGUACCCAUGUUAUCUCAGUGGUCCUCGAACUUUAAUGGAGCCUUAGAAUCACUUGCAGGGCUUGUUAAACCACAGCUUGCCAGAACCCACCCCCAGAUCUUUUUAUUCAGUGGGUUUGGACUGAGCUUGAGAAUGUGUGUUUCUUUAUUCUCUUUUUUAGAGCCACACCAGUGGCAUAUGGAAGUUCCCAGGCUAGGGGUCAAAUCAGAGCUUCAACUGCCUGCCUGCACCCUAGCCACGCAACACAGGAUGUAAGCCUCAUCUGUGACCUACGCCAGAGCUCACAGCAAUGCCGGAUCCUUAACCCACUGAGCAGGGCCAGGGAUCGAACCUGUGUCCUCAUGGAUACUAGUCAGGUUACCACUGAGCCACAAUGGGAACUCCAAGAAUAUGUGCUUCUCACAAGCCCCUGGUAUUGCUGCUGCUUGCUAGUCUGGGUACCACACUUUGAGAACCAUUCUGUUAUUUCCUUUGAUCCCCUAACUGAGCUAGGUACCCAUUACUUUCUGUGAGGCAGGUAUUAUCACUCUUCUCAUUUUCUGAAGAUGGCUAAAUACAGUUGACCCUUGAUCAACACAGGUUUGAACUGUGCAGGGCCACUUACACAAGGAUUUUUCAAUAGUAAACACAGCAGUAGCCCAUGAUUUAUGGUGGGAUGAGUCUGCAGAUGUGAAACUGCAGAUACAGAAGAACUGUGCAUACAGAGGGCCAACUACAAGUUAUAGGUGGGUUUUCGAUUGCUCUUGAGGGUGCAUUCCUAACCCCUAUGUUGUUCAAAGGUCAACCGUACAGACUUGUUUGAGUGCAUAAGAGAGUUCUGGUCCCACGUCUUUAGCAUAAGAAGGAAACCUCCGUGGAUAUUUGCAAGGAGGGCUUGUCAUUAUUUCCUAGAUGACAGCCUGGGACUCAGAGAGGCUACGUGACUUGUCCAAGGUAUCACAGUGAUGAGAGGGAGAUGCUGGCAUUGAACUGGGUCUCUCCAAAUUUAAGGCUUUCCCCACCCCCUCAGGUGGAGAAGAGGUCCAGUUUCUGACCCUAGGCACUGCUUCAGGAAAUUCUGUCCCCAGCUUCAGAGCUCAGCAACCUCCGGAUGGUAUGGCUGAUCAGUUCCCCACAGAGCUGGCUGAGGUCCAGCUGUAUCCUUGGGACCACAGGGCCUCUGACCCCGCCUUGGGCCUCCUGCUGCCCACGUUCCUGCCUUGAUCUGCAGCCCAAUAAAGGCUGGGCCCCGAGCAGCAGGGCUCAGCUUGCUUGGUUCCUCUUCUCUUGUGUUCUCCCCAGCAGCCCCUCUCCAGAUCUUGUGGCCAUGACACAGCUGCUUCUGCUUAUUGUGGCUCUCCUGGUCCUGGGUCAUGUGCCACCAGGGAGGAGUGAAUUCAAACGGUGUUGGAAGGGCCAAGGGGCCUGCCGGCCUUACUGCACGAGGCAUGAAGCCUACAUGCAACUGUGCCCGGAUGCCUCCCUGUGCUGUCUCGCCUAUGGACUCAAGAUGGCCAAGAUUGAAAAUGUUUAGCUGGUUCUGGGGCCGGCGCCCUUGCUCUCCAAUAAAACACGAGCUGUC